AUGGACCAGCGGUUUCAGUUGACAGAGCUCAUUGGAAAAGGGUCGUUCGGCGAUGUGUUCAAGGGGAUCGACAAGGAGACGGGCAAGCAGGUGGCUGUGAAGAUCAUCGACCUGGAAGAAGCUGAGGAUGACGUGGAGGAUAUUCAAAAGGAGAUUGCACUGCUGGCAGAGUGCAGAGCUCCCAACAUCACCAGGUACUACGGCAGCAGUGUGCACAACACCAAGCUAUGGAUCGUCAUGGAGUUCAUGGCGGGCGGCAGUGUGGCCGACCUGCUGCAAGAGGCCCCUCUGGACGAGGCGUCCAUAGCGUACAUCCUGCACGACCUGCUGCAGGCUUUGGAGUAUCUGCACUCGGAGAAGAAGAUCCAUCGUGACAUCAAAGCGGCCAACAUUCUGUUGAACGAGGAUGGAGAUGUCAAGGUGGCUGAUUUCGGUGUGUCCGCCAAGCUCACCAAAACCAUCUCCAAGCGAAAGGCGGACAUCUGGUCGCUGGGCAUCACAGCCAUUGAGAUGGGCAAGAGGUGUGCUGUCCCACUCCCUUUCUCUCAUACCCUUUACUCUCUCCUCCCGCCUCCCCCUCCUCCCACCUCCCCCUCCUCCCACAUCUCCCUCCCACCAGGCGGACAUCUGGCGGACAUCUGGUCGCUGGGCAUCACAGCCAUCGAGAUGGCCAAAGGGGAGCCGCCCUUUGCGGAUCUGCACCCCAUGCGCGCGCUCUUCCUCAUUCCCAAGGACCCUCCGCCGCAGGUGAGAGUGCUUGCACGGAAACAGGAGGGGGCGGUUCCCUUCCCCUUGGGACCCGCCGCCGCAGGUGAGAGUGCACCCGUCACCUAUCUGGCAGAUCUGCACCCCAUGCGAGCAUUCUUUCUCAUUCCCAAGGACCCUCCACAUCAGGUGAGAGUGCACCCUGCACAGGGCCCUUCCUUUCCAUUCUCUCCUCCUUGCUGCCCCUCCCCGCACAACCCUGCCUUGUGCCUGCAGUUGGACGACCAUUUCUCAAAGCCCUUCAAGGAGUUUUUGGACGACCAUUUCUCGAAGCCUUUCAAGGAGUUUGUCAACCUCUGCCUUAACAAGACUGCCAGAGAGAGGCCCAGCGCCAAGGAAUUACUCAAGCAUCGGUUCGUGAAGUAUGCACGCAAGACCCCGCGGAUCAUCGACCGCGUGAGGGAGAGGGUGGAGAGUGCGGGGGAGCGCAUUGUAUCGCCGCGCAUGAAGCCAGACGACCCGGAGGACGGCCCUCCCCAAUCCGCCGCUGCUGCUGCUGCCGCUGCUGUCGCUGCUGCCACCGCUGCUAGCAGCGCGCCGAGGCACUCGCGCAUGGCGAGUUGGGACUUCGGCACGGCCACGGGCACCAUGAAACCCACUGAAACGCUGCUGCACUCACGCAUGGCGAGUUGGGACUUUGGCACGGCCACGGGCACCAUGAAACCCACUGAAACGCUUCGCAGGCAGAUCCGCGCCGCUGUUGCUGACCCCUCUGAGGGGGGUGGGGCUGAUGGCAUGGGGAGGGAUGACGGGGGAGGGGGAGGCGGAGGGGGAGGGGGAGGGGAUGGGUACGAUGGGGGGAAGCGGAGUGGGACGGUGCGGCGCAAGCCGCGUGAUUCUGGGAGUGGGACUGUAAAGAAGGAAUCCCUCCCCCUUACCACCGUUUCUGUGAAACGUGAUGGGCCACGUUCUUACUUCCUUCCCUCCCGCUUACCGCCUUCUCUUUUCUCCCCUCCCGCUUUGCCAACCCGUCCCUUUGCCUCACAGGGGGGCGGCAAGGGGCGCAGGAGAGGCAGCAAGCCGCCCCUGCCUGAUGGCUCUCAAGCGUCGGAGGAGGGUGGGCGCAAGGAGGACUCGGCAACCAACAUGGCAGAAGCACUCAAGGCCAUGAAGGGAGGGAAGAAGGGCGGGGGAGGGCGGGCGAGCAGAGCGGGCGGGGGAGGAGGAGGAGGAGGGGGGGAUGCCAUGGACAGUGGCACCGUUCGAACAAGAAAACCCAAGGCAGGGGGGCGGAGGGGCGGUGGAGGAGGAGGAAGGGAGGAGCAGGGAGGAGCGAGAGUGGCUGGAAGGGAUGCCGCUGUGUCAUCCUCGCCUCUGCUCUCCCUCGUGCUCAUGCCGGCAUUCAAGGAGGUGGCAGCGGAUCAGCAGGAGCAGGCAGCGGUGCGGGCAGCAGCAGACGCAGCAGAUGCUCUAGUGGAGAUGGAACGAUGCGCCCCCGGCUCCUGCCAGUUGCUGCUGGCCAGCCUGCUCGGCAAACUCGGCAGUGCAUCAGAGGAGGUCCCCUCGCUGCGUGACCUGAAGGCCAACGCUCGCAGGCAUGCAUCAGAGGAGGUCCCCCCUCUCCGUGACCUGAAGGCCAAUGCGCGCAGGCAGUUUGGGGGGCCAGGGGGUGAGGGAGGAGCGGAUGGGCGAGCGGACAGGCGGCAUGGCAAGGGGGGAGACGAUGACGUGAACAACCUGAGCCCCCUGGGAAGCUUCCUCUUCCGCAGGUGA